AUGGUGCAUCGUGCGUUUCAGAUCGCGGUGGUGUUGUGCGUUUGCAUGUCAGCGUCGGCGGAUGUUGCACAUCUCAAAGCAGCGAAGUCCCGACUAGCAGCCAAGCUGAUAGGACACUCCAAACAUCACAAGAGAGGCAUACUCUCCCCAGUGCCGCCAUUCAAGCUAGGAUAUGACAUUCCACAUGUUACACACUCGGUUGUGAAGCCUUUGGUGGUGACCUACCCUCCGACAGCUUCAGUGACUGCUGUCAAAGUGCCACUCGCGCAUCCUCUCGCUCACCGAUAUCCUGUCCCAGUUGGCCACAAGGUCCCAGUGCCUCAUCCACAUUAUGGAUUGAAGUUCCCCCAUACGAAAACUGUAUUGGUACCGAAACCUGAUCAUCACUUCCACCAUCACCAUCAUCAUUUGGAGCCUAAACCCUUAAUUCCAGUUGUACCAGCAGAUCCUCACCCUCCAACCCCAAUAGUUCCCAUUGCCCAACCAACUGGUAAUGUUGUGCACCCGAUCCCUGCUCCACCACCAGUUGUCGUGCGUCCUGAAACGGUAUUGCCAGCGCAUCAUAUUCCUGUUGGCUCACCACCAAUUCCGUUAUUACCGCAGGGACACAUCGAUGUAAAACCAUUCCUCCCCGCAGCGCCUGUAUCACUUCAGCCAGCUGGGAUUCCGCUACCUCCUGCUCCUGUUGUGCCCGCUCCUGCCCCAAUAUUCCCGCUCACUCCACAAUACCCCUACGUCAUACGUCCAGGCAACGCUGUUCAAACUUCCUAUUUUGCUACUUACCCUAGAUACCCACUCUUAAAUUACAACACGAUAUUCCCUCUACAAGCACCAGUGGCUCCGGCUCCUGUUGGACCAGUGCUGUACGACAGACCGGCUGUGCCCUCCUUGCACUUGGUACCACAAGCGGCAACUGGUGAGGGCGUCCUUGAGCAACAAGCUCCUACUGUCCACCUGGAACCCACUCCAAAUAUUGUACAUCCUACACAAGCAAUACCUCAUCCUACCCUUCAUCUUCAGCCGACGCAGCCAUCUGUGCACUUGCAGCCCACCCAGCCUGCAGUUCACCUUCAACCUACACAGCCAGCGAUUCCAUUCGAUCACAAUGGCUGGUCCCCAGUACCGCCACACGAUAUAGCUUCGACGCAACACACAGAUACUCACUACCCUCAGGCACAUGAUUCUCACCACUUCACUCAGCAGCAAGGUACUCAGGUUUAUGAACAACACACAAAUGAAGACCAACAGUAUCAUGACCUUCAUAAUCUUCAGCAUCAUAUUCAACAUCAAAUCGACCAGGCUCAAUACGAGCAGCAUCUUAAUAAUCAACAUCAAUUAAGUCAUGAAUAUGGUGUACCCCAGCAAAUUAACCACGAAUACAGUCAGCCGAAUCAGGACUUUUCUCAGCACGAUUAUUCUCAACAUGGGCAUGAUUUCUCGCAGCAACAGGCGCAUGAUUACGCUCAACAAGCUCAAGAUUACGCUCAACAAGCUCAAGAUUACGCUCAACACGCCCAAGAUUACGCUCAACACGCACAUGAGCAGCAAUAUGAUUUGCAACAACCUGGACAGGAAUAUGGAUUGCCUCAUGCUGAGGGACGUAGUGAAGAUACUGCUGCUACGAGCGCCACGGAGGGCGAAGAUCAACGGUAUCAUAACCAUAUACCUUUAGGUCUUCAGCUGCCAUUAGAAAGACCAUUGGAUCACUUCCGGUAG